AAGAAAACAGUAACAGGAGAAGAACCACCAGAGCAGCAACAUGGCAGAAGUUCCAAGGAAAGUUCAUUUUUGGAAAGACGACGAGUCUGUGCUCAUGCUAACCCUGCUGAAGGAGUUGAACAUUUUAAAAUACGUGGACGGGAGAAAAACCAGAAAUGGAGACCUCUUCAAAAAGGUUGCUGAACAAAUGAAAGAAGGUGGCUUCACGCAGACCCCAGAGCAAAUCUGCAUUCGGUGGAAACACUUGAAAAAAACUUACUACCAGGCCAGGAAAAACAACAGUACAAUUGGCCACAAUCAGGUCACUUGUCCGUUUGGUAAUGCGCUUGAGGAGCUGCUCGGACCCAGGCCUUUGUCUCAAGUCGACCAUCAUGGUGUGGACAUUGGUUUUGAGAGUCCCUUAGACACUUCUGUGCAAGAGGCGGGGGGCUUGGAUGAAAUGGAGGAGAUGGCGACGGAGGCAGCCGACGGGUCUGAAGAAACAGAGACUGAUACCGCCAGCAGACCUCAAACUCUGCAUUUACUGAGACCAUCAGGAAGGAGACGCCAUGUUGCCAACAUCGACACGGUGCUGGAGCGGAUUCAGGCAACCUGGAUGCAGUAAAUGCAGCAGAGCCAAGAAAGAGAAGAAUGCCUGGUCAACAGCAUAAUGGACAGUAAUUCCAGGAUGGUCGCUGCAGUCAUGGAGGGCAUCCACAGGUUUCAGCAUUCAGUGGCACCUCCAAGCACACACACGGUAUGGGUACCAAGGACAAGAGAACUGUACACCUACCUAUCACCACAUGUGAAAACAGAUCUGAUUCCAGCACAUUCCAGCUCAGA